GGAACCUCACACCUUCUUAGGAAUAUUUUGGAACUUCGCUUCGAAAAAAAUUAACUACCAGACUCUCCAUCCCCACGGUUCCCGUGACGGAUUGUCAACAUGGACGUCAGGGACCUGCUGGUAAGACCAGCACCGAAUGCGGUCGCAAACGGCAAGCCGAACCGACCUGUCCUAGACGGUGCCUGGGAAACUGCGCUCGAAGCCAAGCUCGACGGCAUUCUUAGAGACCUCGACGACAUCAAGCAUCAGGGGUCAUUCGCGGGCUUUGGUGCUUUGCAGAGAACCGACUUUGCUGACCAGCUUGGGUUGUACGUCGACGGUGUCGGAAGCAUUGGCGUGCCAUUGCAGGAAGAGCAGGCCCGUCAGUUGAUUUCCCAGUGCCGCCAGGCCCCUUUCGGAAAGGGCAGCGAAACCAUUGUCGACACGUCGGUGCGCAACACAUGGGAGUUGGACGCUUCGCAGUUUAGAUUCUACAGUGACAGCUGGGCGAGGACAAUGGAGAAGUGCAUUGGCUUCGUGAAAAGCGAACUGGGCAUCACAUCCCCGAUCAUUGCCGACCCGUACAAGAUGCUCAUCUACGAGAAGGGGGCCCUCUUCAAAGCCCAUACCGACACCGAGAAAAUCCCCGGCAUGUUCGGCACCCUCGUCAUCUGCCUUCCGUCACACCACACGGGCGGCGCCAUAGUUCUGCGCCAUGCUGGCCAGAAGACGACCUACAAGACCUCGGCGGCCCAGCCAUCCGUCCUGUGCUGGUACUCGGACGUUCACCACGAGGUCCUGCCCGUUGAGUCCGGCUACCGAUGGGUCCUGACCUACAACCUCGCCAUGUCGCCGGACCUCGAGCGACCGUCUGCCGCCUUGCUUCAACCCCAAGUUGGCAAGCUCCAGCAGUCUCUCGCCAGUUGGAUCGAGCAUCUCGCCCCGCACAACUGGGAGGACGCCACAGGCAAAGAUAUACCCCACUUCUACUACCUGCUGGAGCACGAGUACACCGAAGCCAGCAUCGCCCUCCGUGCCCUUAAAACGACUGACCUUUCCCGGGUGCAGUGCUUGCGUGAUAUUUCCACCAAACUCGACUUUGAUGUCUUCCUUGCCGUGCUUGAGAAGUCCGAACAGGGCGGCGUUGAGCACGCGUGGAAGACGAAGAAGAAGAAGUAUUGGGGUGAAGACUCCGAUGAGAGUGAUGAUGAUGGUUUGAGCUGGCACGAACUCGACGACGUUUACGAGACCUCCCUCUGUAUCAAGAAGCUCGUCGACCUGGAUGGGGCUUUGCUCCGUUCCGAAAUGAAGAUUGACGAAGACGACCUGGAGGAAAACUUGAUCCCGGCGGGUGAUCCGUUCGAGGGUGUCAACAGUCGAAACGAAGAGUACGAAGGCUUCACGGGCAACUCGGGACCGACCGCAACCCACUUCUACCGCACUACCGUCGUGGUAGUCGUCCCGCGCAGCUCGACCGAUAGGUUCCUGACCCAGAACCUGAACUCACAGAGCGCCCAGGUCAUGCUACGCCAGUACGCGGAGAAACAUCUGGUUCCCGGGGCCGAACCAACUCGACGGCAGUCUGUCGCCGAGACCAUGCGCCAAUUGGCGAAGCAGACAUGGAAGCCCAAUCCCUCGGCGUAUGACAAGCCCGAUAGGACUACCGUUCUCGAGGUACUGAGGGCGGCUGUGGUCUGCUGCGAGUACGACUUGUUCAACGAUGUCCUUGGGCUGGUUCAUACCACGGCAGUGAGCCCUGCCAUCUUCGGCCUGGUUAAGACUAGGGCUCUUGCAGGCCAAAUCGCGCUGAGCAAAAUCAAAAAGAGUAUACUCGACAGCAUUUUAGUGGGUGACUUGGAACACCGGGGAAACUGCUCACAAUUUCUACGCCCACCUGGGGAGGAACGCAACGAGGAUUUGGAGGCGUUGACCGCCGAGCUGGCGAGCCAGUCCAUCAAAGCGCUGGAGGUCGUUUUUAACAACCGGCUUCUUCAAGAAUCUGACGGCCUGGGUAUUAUGAGCAUGGUGGACUAUCCGCAAGGUUAUGACUUAUUCAAGACACGUGUCCUCCCGGUCCUCGAGGCGUCAACCCCCACCAACACGACUUUCGUUUUGGGUGCCCUGCCAACCCUGACUUCCUGGGUUUCAAAAGAAGGGUUUCCCCAAGCCGAGAGCCUAGCCAUCCUCAAGCGGAUUAGCGAGUCUGUGAUCGCCUCCCUGGAUAUCAGCAAGCUCCGUACUCAAGCCGCUCUUGUCGCUGAACAACCGCGACCCUAUUACUCCAGCACACCAGCCACCCUCACCCCAGCACAGCGCACGCUCACCCUCGAUCCCAGCAAGCUCGCUGCAUUCACCAACACCAUCCUCACCCACUCCUGGCACGACCUCCUGACCCUCCUCAGCCAAAAGAUCACCGCCCAAGCCCCGUCCAUCCCCCGCGCCGAAUACCAACCCUUCUGGCUCCCCUUCCUCCGCAAACUCCUCCACGACCCCGCCACCGCCAUUGGCACCCCCUCCCCGCACCAAUACAAAACCCUCACCGCCACCCUCCUCACCUCCUACCUGACCCGGUCCGUCGGCGACCGACCCCCCGCCAACCCCUCCCUCGCCCUGCCCCCGACCAGGUGCUCCUGCGGCGACUGCGCCCCGCUCAACGCCUUCCUGGCCUCGCCCCACCAGCGCGUCGGCCGCUUCGCCCUGGGCGAGAAGCGCCGCAGGCACAUGGGCUACAAGCUGGACGCGUGCGAGGCGGCCCGCUCGGUCAGGCGCGAGGAGGAGCGGGGAGGGGCUUGUGGCGCGUUGGUGGUUACCAAGGUGGGCACGAUGGCGGAGAGGGAGAAGGCGGCGUGGGAGGAGAGGGUGGGGAUUGCGAUGGGGUGGAUGCGGGUGCUUGGGGAAGGGGGGGUGUUGGGGAUGGUUUUGGGUGGGGAUGGCGAGGGGGUUGGGGAGGUUCUGGGGGUGUUUUUGAGGCAGAGUGGUGUUGAGAUGGCUGGUGGUGGUAGGGGGGUGAAGAGGAAGGCGGAGGAGGAGGUUGUGGUUAUUGACUAGGUAGGUAGGGUUGAGGCGGAGGUUCAGGUUGGCGGUGUUAUGUUGAUGGGGCGUGUUUGAUGCUAGGAUGUUUGUAAUACGGGGUAAGAGUUGGGAUGUUAGAUUCUGGGAUUGCGGUGGUACAUACCCUAGGUACUGUAAUGCUGAAGUCCAUCUCAGCUGUCAGUUUCUUGCUACGUUAGUUGAUAGAUCGCUAUAAUACCCCGCUUAAUAGCUGUGACCCUGCGCCCCUCAUUUGUUGAGUGG